UUCUUAAAAUCCAAGAGAAAGAUUCUAGUCAGACAACUCAAGCAAAUAAGAUAGAGGUGGAUUUUCAAAUCCAAGGAAAAGAAUAUGAGUCAACAACUCAAACAAGUGGUGCUGAGAAUGUUUACAAUGUACAGGAAAAGGAUUAUGAUAGGACAACUCAAUCACAGGAAGUCUUUCAAAGUCAGGAAAAGGACUAUAAUAAGACGACUCAAACCAAUGUGACCACUGAAGAUUUUAAAGAAAUAUCAGAACUUCAAACAGCAACUACUGUCCAGAAUAUUGAUGAUAUGAAGCAAGUGGAUUCAAAUCUACCUGACUCCAAUUUGGAACAAUCAACACCCGUAACAUCCCCAAUAUUUGAACACUUACAAGCCCCACCAGGUUUAGAAACAGUAUCUCAGUUUAAUCAAUAUAACGGAUUAAACUCAUCACAAUUACCGGUUGGGGAUAUAUUAAAAUCCAAAUUUAUCGAAUUCAGAAUCAUACCGACUUGCCUG